AUGCGUGGCACGGGCGGUGACUGGCUGGAGCUGCGUCGCCAACUGUUGGAUUCAGAUCUCGGCGGAGAGUCGAGCAGCAGCGGCCCGUCAGAAGUCUUGUCAGGUUGGUCACUGUUCGGAUCUCCGACCGACGAUGACGUGGACGGCCCGCCCGAGGGCGCCGACGCCGCCGCCAUAGCUGCUGAUGACAUGAUCGUCGAAGCCCCGCCCGUGGAUGCCAUAGUCGAGGUCCCACCCGCUCAAAGCGGGUGCGGCCGUCCACGUCGGAGAACCGUGAACGCUGUGCUCGCAGAUGUGAUGACACACCACGGCGGCAUCUUGGCGCCGCCAGGGUCUGGGGCGCAGCAGCUCGAGAGCCAGGUCGACCCCGUCGACGGCGGACCCGAGGACAGCAUCGGCGGCGCAGCUCCAGCCACUAUUAACCCUUUCGUGGUUUCAGAUGCAGAGUCGUUCAGACGCCUGGUGUUAGAGGUGGGCGAUGCAAUCGCCAACAACAUAAGUUUAGACGGCUUGUUGGACCAGACGCACAUGGAGAUCGGCCUGGUCUUCACAGAGGCCGUUCGCUCAGAUGAGACCCAGUUGCCUGCGAGGGGCGCCACGGGGUCGAACGACGAAGGCAACAUAUGCAACGACUUGCCCGACGAUGCUGACGAGAGGGCGAAACUGGUCAACGCCGAAUGGAACUAUGGCAUGUUGUUUGUGAAGCGGGGCAGCGGCGGCCAACCUUCCUCAUACGUCAGCUUCUCAUUCAGUCUCUGCACCCCUGUUCAAGUGGUUUCGAAUACAACUGGAGAAUGUUAUUACGCCGUGCUGCACCAGACCCGCCUGGCCGACGCAGACCGCAUCGCUCAGAAGUUCGCCCGCCACCAGAGGAACACGACCACAGACGGAGACAGGGCGUUCAUCAGAGCUGAGCGUCACCGCUCAUGUGUCUACCCCGACAUGCACUUGCUACAUAAGCUGCGUUGCGUCCAUAGAGCGUCAAAUUGCAAGAAGGAGCCAUUCAAGAAAAAAGUGCCCAGAGAAAUUGAGUUCUACACCAAUCUCGUCCUUGUGAUGCGCAGGGCCUACAACAGCAACACUUUUCGGAGAGAGUGGAAUGGGUGCGAAGAGAUAGUGGAGUAUUUCAUUCUUUUGCAGGGCUUGGGAAUAUUUGCCGACGCAUGGAGCAAGUGGAUUGCCGUGUAUUAUCCCAGCGAGAAGAAGGGCGCACAUCCGAGAGUUGACCUAGACGGCAAGGGCGCGCUCCAAGCGGUCCUGGACUCGAACCCAGCAGGCAUGAGCGUGCCGCAUCUCACCGUCGCAGCGCAGGAAGAGUCGAAAAAGCUCGAACAGAAGAGCCAUAGGGGUACCGUCACGAAGCACUUAGCUACUAUUGGCCCAGAUGAAGUCCUAUCCACUGCCGUCGUCGUGCUGAGAACAAUGAACUUGCACCGCGAUUUCAUCGGUGGGCUGAUCUACUCUUGUGGUGACCAUAAGAAGUUAAAACAGAAAGCGUCAGCAUCCCAGGCGUUGAAGGGCAACCAUGGCCGCACCUUCAUGUAUCAAGUUCUGGAGGCUUACGAUGUGGAGUUGGAGACUCGUCUGGUUGACAACGCUUUCUUUCUGAUGUCAGACUCCGCUCAUUGGGAGAGCAUCCCGCUGCGAUGCAGGACUCUGAGGUUGCAGUGCACUGCGUGCCGCUUGCUAUCUCAGGCCGUCUGCACGACAUCACUUAUCAAGUUGGAGAAAACAUGGUAUCCGAAUAAAACGUUUGCUGGUAUCCGCAGCGACGAUGCCAUGCAGGCGGCUCUCGACGAGAAGGAUUGCUUGCUCGACCCCUGGUCGCUGCAGUUCUGCAGGCACCACAGGCACGGGGUCAUCGCAGACGCGCGGCAUGACUUGAUGCACGUGGCUAGCUUGCUCCAUGAGGACACAGUGAAGCAGGAGUGGGGCCAAGGCGUCUUGCGACGCAUCAUCGCCUCACGAUCGGUCAACACGUGGGUUGCCAGCCUUUCCCGCAUCAACGUCGAAUGGAUCGGCCAAGGGUUCCGCAGGCUGGCGAGGGCCUUUCGGCAGCUUCGGACACCCAGCUCAAGCAGCCUUGCGGCCGACCAGCCAUGCCAGCAACAAGCCCGCGCCGCUGGCGCCCCGAGCGCCCCGCGGAGGCGGAAGCUGCGGGCUGCCGGCGUCUUCUUCAGUCGUGAGUGCGGGCAGGAAGGCAACGCGCAGCCCAGCUUCUCGGGGAUGUGGGCGAAGUUCCGCAGGCUGGGCGACGGCGACAUCGACGAGCUCCAGCGGCAGGCGGAUGAGGCCAACGCUGAGGUCAACGAGGGGAGGAGGCCUUUUCCGAUGGGUCGGCGCGAGAUGCAGCGGGCCAGGGCCCGCGCCGACGCAGAGGCAGUUGCCGCGAUGCACGUCCGCGCUCAGCUCGCCGAUGACAGAGUUGGUCAGCCUGCUCCCCUGCACCGCGCCCUGGAGGCCCAUGGGCGCACCCUCGCUGCCGUUGCUGCGGCUGCCCCGCCGGGUGCGUUGGCCGCCGGGCCGAGCGCAGACGCCCUUGCAGGCGUGGCGCCGCAUGCCGCUGACGCCAGCUUAUUCGUUGCCGACCCGAGGAACGCUCAGUCCGAGGAAGGCGCCCCGAAUUUCUUGCACGCCGAGUGGGCCGACGACUCCGUCUACCAGCGGGCGCAGCGACUCGCUGCGCUGACGGGGCAGACCCGCCCAGCGCGCGCGUUGCGAGGUCUCUUGCAUCGCUUCUGGCAUGGGCUGUCCCGCACAAUAUUGCACAAGGACUGCGAGGUGUUCGACGAGCCACCUGUCCACAGGAGGUGCUGGGAGGCUCGCCGUUGCAUAUGCUGCCCUGAGUCGGCGUCGCUGGUAAAGUUGAGGGCUAACCUCGAGAAGACCACGCGGCGCUUAUACCGCCCUGGAGCUCUUCGGUCCAACGUUGAUUCAGGGUUCAUCGUGUGCUGUUUCAUCGGCUUGGCUGUUCGGCAAGAUGGGGAUGGCGGCCCCGCUGCCGAGUGCGACGACGGUGCCCUCUACGCGUUCAUGCACGUCGGCUUUCACAGCUGGAGCCCGUUCGAGCCCUUCUACGCCCCCAUGCGGACGCCAGGGUACGUCGUCGACUUGGACGGCGACCAGAAGUUCAGAGAACGCUUGGUGGAGUUGGAGGCGUUGCCUAGGAGUCUUGAUGCGUGGGCUGCUUGCGAGAUCUUCGACUUGUCGAAGCGUUGGCUGCUGGCGCACUUCGAGCUGAUCGAGAACGACACCGUCGUGGGCGCC